AUGUCCUUUAGGAAUCAAACAACGAAUGAAGAAUAUGAGUUAAUAAAAGGAGGAACUAUCAUUAUGGGCCGACAUAAGCAUGGAAUUGAUUCACGUUUUGUGAGUGAAAAUCAACUUGAAAUUAAUUAUUUAGAAGAUGGUCGAUGCUUCGUAAAAAUGCUUACAAACAAAAUAGUUAAAUUAAACAAUGCAGCUUUACCUUUUCAAAAAGAAAUUCAAAUGAGCAAUAAUGAUAAAAUUAUUUUUUCAAUUGAUGGAAUUAAGAGAGGAAAAACAUUAGAGUUUCAUUUUACUUUACCAGAAACAGCAGAACCAUUUAUUCGACCUAUUAUGAUCAUAAACGAUCAACAUUAUGAAAAUGAAAUUCAAGAAAACACAGAUAGCUCAGAUGCGAGCGAUGCAAUGACAUUUCCAAAGAAUCAUCCUUAA